AUGCGAGUUAUUGAGGCCGCGGUUGAGGCGCGCAAAGUUCAAAUUCUACAGCAGGACACUUGGGAGAGCAGUGCCAAGACCUACAGCUUUCCCGUCGACUCCCAUCUCACCCAACUGACGGUCCAGGUUACCAACUACAAGACGCAAGACCCUAUCAAAGUCAACAUCCGGAAUCCCGAGGGCAAGCUCAUGACCAAGGAUGACAGAUUGAGGCAGCUGAUGAAGACGGUGCCGACUGUCUUUGUGGCCUCAAUAGACCAGCCCAUGCCAGGCAGGGAGGAUGAUUCUCUGCAGUGGCACUCCGUUCGCGUUUCUGGAGUCAGUGAGGUGGACUUCGUGCCGGGCUUUGCAACCACCCAGCUGCCCCACAAUGUUGGUUCUUCUCGUCAACCAAUUGAAGGUGAGUACGUAGGAACGGAGGUGCACACUUGUAUUAGUCUGCAUACAAUGCUGGUUACUGGUCGUGAUGGUCAGGGCUACAACUUCCAGCGGUACUCCAAGGUCGCGCUCAUAGCUCGCAAGGCGCGCCCUGUUGUCGUAAGCUGUCCCGCGAAAAUCGAAGUUGCCAGAGGCGCGACUGCAGCCAUCACGUGUCUUGUCGACAGUGAGAUUCCCUUCAAGGUCAACUGGUAUCAGAGCGGACACCAGUUAACGGGAUUUCCUGGAGAACAUCAGACUUACAGGUGA